ACACAUUUCAGAAAAAAUAUUUAUUUCACGAAGAGUUUACGUAUUGUUAUAAUUAAUUUUUGUAUUUAUAUCUUAGAUAUGACAAAGUUUGACUUAAAUAAUUUUGGUAACUUAAGGCUAGACGGUAACAAUACUGUAAAAUGGCGUACAACCGAUUUACCGAUCAUUGUGAACAAGUGAAUGUGAUGUUUGUGGAACCUCGUGGUGAAAGGAAGAGUUCUGUAGGAUGAGUUUUUAGUGACGCCGUUAUAUCUUCAUAUUAAUACACUGAAUGUGCAUUAAGAUUUAUUUUUUGUCAUGGCAGCUGCAACUUUUUCAACAAACGCCACACCACCGGUAAAAGAAACUGAUUUUGAAGAUCAGGAAUGUGAACCUGUGUUAAAAAAGGCUAAAGUAGAUAGCCAUACUCCUAGCUCUACGACGAUAACGUCCCGACAAGCUCGUAAGAACUCUGAGACUGAAGGAGAUUUAGCCACAGGAGAAAAUAUAGGCGACGAUGAUAUCAGUAUUUCAUUGAGUGAAGACAUUACAGAGAACAAUGAUGUUAGUGAACUACAAACAGAAAAAGAUGUUGGAAUUGAAGAAUUUGUCAGUGAUAAACCAGGUUUUUUUGGAAUAAUUAAACAACGGUACUCGGAUUUCUUGGUGAAUGAAAAAACAACAUCUGGAACUACUGUAAAACUUUCACAGUUGGAGUUACCAGUAGAUGUUAGUAUUUCUGAAACAGGUGUAUCCAUUCCAGAAGCUAUUACAGAUGUAGAAGAAAGUAAGCUCCGUGCUUUGGAAAGUAACACUAAAGAAGAUGAUUGUUUUGAAAUUAAUGUGACCAAUUUUAGCAAAGAUGAAAGAAGAAAAAUUCAUGAAUACAUAAGAAAAAAUUAUACUGGAUUGAACAGUCAAACUGAAGACAGAGGUGAAGAAAAGGUUAUUUCAGUUUGCCGAUUCUCAAAGAACAAUAAAAGAGGAAAUCGAAAUUAUUGGCCAUCCGGAAGGGGUGAUUAUACUAAUUUUGUUCUGUAUAAAGAAAAUCGAGAUACAAUGGAUGCUAUUAAUAAUGUUGCUGCUAUGUUAAAAAUGAAAACUUCUGCUUUCAGCUAUGCAGGUACAAAAGAUAAGCGUGGGAAAACUAGUCAGCAAGUGUCAGUUUAUAGAGUUCCAGGAGAAAAGUUACUAAAUUUGAAUGGGAAACUAAGAGGUAUAACCAUAGGAAAUAUUCAGUACAAGCAAAAAUCUAUCAAAUUGGGAGAUUUGUCUGGAAAUAAUUUUGUUAUAAUAUUAAGAAACAUAACUGGUUCUGACACUGAAGUAGAACAGGCUGUCGAAUCCUUGCAUUCUAAAGGUUUUGUGAAUUACUAUGGAAUGCAGAGAUUUGGAACAACAACUGUGCCCACACAAGACAUAGGUAGAGCUCUUGUACAAGGUGAUUAUAAGGGAGCUAUUGAAUUAAUUCUUAAACCACGUGGAAUUGAAGAUGCCAAUUUAGCUGCAUGUCGAAAAUUGUGGUGGGAAACACGUGAUGCUUCCAAAGCCAUUCGACAACUACAACGUAAAAGUACAAUUGAGGGACAUUUACUUCAAGGACUUGUUGCACAUGGACCCAAUGACCUUGUGAAUGCUUUAAAUUUUAUACCACGUAAUACUCGUUUAAUGUAUAUUCAUAGUUACCAGAGUUUUAUUUGGAACAAGGUAGUUACUCGAAGAAUCAAACAGUUUGGAUUAGUACCCAUUAUAGGGGAUCUACUUUUACCUGGAAAUGACCCAGAAAAAGAUGUUUGUAAGGAUGGUAUUUCCAAGUGCUCACCUUCUGUAGUUACAGAAGCAGAUCUCUCCAAAGGAAUAAGCAUUUAUGAUAUUGUUUUACCAUUGCCUGGCUACAAUAUUGUUUAUCCACAGAAUGAAGUAAUGGAGUGGUACAAAGAGUUGUUGGAAAAGGACAAUCUUACGCUAACUAGUUUCCAGUCUAGGGUUAAAAGCUACUCUUUAGGUGGAUCCUAUCGUCACUUGCUUGUUCGUCCUCAGUUAAUGUCUUGGGCUAUCUUAAGAUAUGAUGAUAUCAAAGAACCAUUAGUUCUCAGUGAUUUGGAUGUUGUUCAAGGUGUGCAAUUACCAUCUGUAUUGACAAGUGGGAAGUUAAAAGCUUUAAAACUAGAGUUUUCACUCCCAUCCUCCUCAUAUGCAACAAUGGCUAUAAGAGAAAUUUUGAAAAUGGACACUUCAGCAUGGAUGCAAAAAUCUGUUAGUUUAUCUUAAGUUAUAACCUGAUAAUGUGAACUGUGUUUUUGUUAAUUUUCUAAUGAUAUAAGAUGACUACAUAGAAUGUACAUGAGAAUGUGUUUGAAAUGUGAUUUUGAAAUUCAUUGUUGAAACUUUUGACAUUACACUUGGAUCUGUGUACUACAGAAGAUAUUUCAUAGUAUACCUGAAUUUUCAGUAGUAUCUUAUGUAAGACUAACUUCAUUAUGGUUUGGUUUGGAGAAGUUUAUAUUUAUACCUCUAGAUUAAGCACAUUUAAAGAUUUAUCAUUUUGUAGUAUAGUAUGUAUACAGUAUUCAAGGGAAUUCAGCCCUUUUUAGAAUAUUUUAAAAAAAUGUUGAAGAUAUUAAUACAUGUGCUAAGAUUUCCUACAUUUUAAUAAUGUUCUGGCUUUAUAGCUGAAAAUGAAACUUUGGAGAAAUGUUGAACUUGUACAAAACAAGUUUUUUUUUUCCAAAUUAAAAUUUUGUUGUACAUGAAAUUGGCAUUUUGGAAUGUGUUAAAAAUAUAAAAAAGGUUUAGUACAUUGAUGUAAUGAAUAGAAUUUGGAUAUAAAUGCAGGGAUUAUUACUAUGUGAAUGAAAGAUAAUGUGUAUUUUGAAUAUACCUAGAGCACUGUAUUUGUAAACAGUUGAAUUUUAUAACUACAAAUAUAUGUAUCCCAUACCCGAAGUUUCUUGACAAUAUACUAUUCAUUGACUACUCUACAAGUGUGUAAUCACCUGAUGUAUCUCUUACAGAAACUUACAAUUGCAUAUAAUUGUUAAACAUUUUUCACAGAAUACUUCUUUUUAAUGUGAAAUAGUUUUUAUCCAAAAAAUUUAAGGCAUUUGGACUAUUGUGUGAUUACUUACAUAAGUAAUAUUUUUUAUCUUGUCACACCAGGAAAAAAAUAAGUAAAUGUACAACAGUAAUUAUUUUGACAUAAUAAUAGGAAUAAUUUGUACACAUGUUUUAUGGAUAUAAGAAGUCACCUCUUACAUCCAGAGAAAAACAUCCAACUCAAAUUAACUAUACCUCUUAAAAUUCAUAAAACUAAUAAGUCUAAAAAGAAAAAAAACUCCUUACUAUCUUAAACCACAUCAUCAGGCAAAUCAUUUACCCAUAAUGUUGAAGUAUGUGUUUCAAACCUUUUUGUUUCACCACAAGAAACAGUAUGAAAGUGUACAAUUUGUCUUAUUAAAGUCCAUAAACCUAACAAAAGUGUAAAAAAACUGCACUUAACAGUUUAAAUCAUUUCUAACCUUUUCAUCUCUUAAACAAAUCUCAGCUCCUAAAAUUUUUAAACACUUAAAUCAAGUUACCCGUAGUUUCUUAUAUGCUCUAGACAUUAAAAAUAAAAAAAGGUCCAAGCUGUAAACUCUUUUUCUUGAAGCUUGGUUUUUGUUAAAUCAGAUAUUUUAGAAUCCUAUUUUUGUACUCCUAAGGUAUUGAUGCACUUUCAGUGAUAAGGAGAGAGAAAAGUACACACAGUUUGCCACACCAAAGUCAUAUAAAAGGAUAUGAUAACCUUUUUACUUCAAGUUCAGAAUUUCUUUAAAUUCUGAUUUUAGCCCUUUUUUACCAUAUCUAAACACUAGGCUGAAGGAUUUGAAUAUCAGUAGUUGUCUCUAAUCAUAUUCUUUCUCCACUAUACCAGUAUUUCUUUCCCAAAGCUAGUAACUUGCUUACAAAUAGUGAAACUGAAUUCAUUGUUGCAAACUUGGAUUCAAAAACAUUCUCUCUUUCCUAGUAUCUGUUGUAGUUGAUACAGCUAGUAGUAUCACCCUUAGUCCAGAAUAUAUCAUUAUUUGGGUAUGUUCAUAUAAUAUUUUGAAAUUUCCAUGCAUUUUUUGCAUGUAGUUAAUUGCAUCCAUCUUGACCAGAUAUCACAAGGUUGUAACUGCAGAUAAAGGUUACGUACUGCAACCUUUGUUCUUAAGUCUCAAGCUAACGUGUAUGUGUUUCUCUAUAGAUUUCUAAAAAGGUAGCUUAUUCAAACAAGUUAUACACAAACUUCUACAAACUGGUUUGAGAUUACUUAGGAUUGUAGCAACACUGUUUAUUGAAGUAUGUCACCGGAAAACUUUAUGGAUAUCACAUUAUAGCUUGGCAUGAGUAUAAAAGUGGAGUAUUUAUAUAAUUCUGUUUCUUGGCUUGUAGCUUUUGUUUGUACCCUUAACUCCAGAACCAUACAGACUGGAAGCUGAUCAGUUUGGUAACAAUGCUGUGAUGUGAAUAAAGAAUUUUAUGUUUAAGUUAA